UACAUUUUAGCAUAUAUAGACCGAGUUUUCGAACUUGAGUAUUGUGUUACUUACGAGAACCACAAGAAAGAAUCACAAGAUGAAAUACCUUUUGAUUGUACUCCUCGCCGCAGCAGUGUCUGCACGCCCACACGAUCGUAUCGUCGGGGGAUCAAACGCCCCAAGUGGAGCUUACCCAUGGCAGGUUUCUCUUCGCAGACCAAUCGGAGGUUCCCAUUUUUGUGGAGGAUCCCUUAUCUCCAUGGACUGGGUUAUGACUGCUGCUCACUGCGUUCUCAACGGCGUUAAUGUUGCAAUCGGUAGCACAACUAUUUCUAACCCCUUGGAAAUAAUUUCUGGAACAUUCACAGCCAACCCCAACUACAACUCCAACACCAUUAGCAAUGACUUCGCCGUAAUCAAACUGGCUUUCUCUGCCACACCUGGCGCAACCGUUGCUGCAAUUGCCAUGGCCAGUUCUGGACAAACUUUUACUGGAACUGCUGUCACCAGCGGAUGGGGAUACAUCAAUGGAGGAAGCAACCCCAACACCAUCCCAAACGACUUGCAAUACGCUGCAGUGCCUCUGGUUGACAGCGCCACUUGCAACAGCGCGUGGACCGUACUGCCCAACCAACAACGUAUUGAUGAGUCAAUGCAGUGCGCCGGGGGAGAUGGUGCAACUUCUUGCAUGGGUGACUCUGGUGGCCCACUCGUCCAACAAGUGAACGGAGUAUGGACCCUCGUCGGCGCAGUAUCCUGGGGAAGCAGCUCAUGCAGCACAACCCAACCAGCUGUUUACGCCAGAAUCGCUCACGGCAGAAGCUGGAUCAACCAGGUCACAGGAUUGUAAAUCUACCGAUCUACUUCCUUAUGUCGCCUGAUUAAUUCGAUUAAUAUAAUUUAUUCUAAUUUCUGAUGAAUAUGGUUCAAAAUAUACAUUAAGCUUAAUGAAUA